AUGGCGCUGCACAGCCCUGCCACGUGCUGCCUAGCUCACCCAGGUUUUGCUGAUGUAGGGGCCUUCAUUGCAACCGUUGAAUACAAUGUUACAAACGGGGACAUGAAAGUCGGUCCAGCUGAUGUUUCCCCAAUAUUUUCCAAUCAGCCAACCGGAAAUGUUAUGGUCGCCGCGCCAGUAAUUGAGUGUGAUCAGGCAUUCAACGCCAAUAUCAGCACGCCUUUUGCCAGCUCCAGUGCACUACGAAGACCAUUGUUGAGUCUGGCAUUGUACACGGUUGUGAUCCUCGUCGGAAUACUGAAUCUGACAUAG